CCAAGACCUCUCCUCUCUUAACCCUCAAUCUUGUUUCCUGUUUUACAGCAGUUAUUUGGCCUGAUUCCGUGCUACUGGCCUUGCCUUUCGUGCUAGACCGCAGUUGUCCACUUUGUCAUGUUUAGAUAGCGUUCUUUCCAACAGUACGGAGACCGCGGGACUCGGGAGUCGCCAAAUUGGCAUCAACAUGUCCUCUGCCAGUCCCCGGAAGUCGAUUGACAGCUUGGCCUCAGGGGCCUCAACGCCUUCUCUCUCUCAGUUCUCAUUCACACAGAUUGAAUCUCCUCGGAUCUCAUCGCAAAGAUACCCCUUAAGGAGGGGGUCGACCGCAAGCUCGAUCGCAAGCAUUGGAGGAAUUCUCGAUCCCUCCAGCCGACAUGGAUCUAUCGCCGAGUCUGGACAAAAUGCAAUCUCUACUCUCCUUCAGCCUCCCAUUGUCCGCACCGGUCUUGUGCCCCAUACCGCUGUAGCCACCGCCGGAUACAAACCCCCGACGACUCGUGAUAUCCCCCCUGUCACUUUGACCAACAUCCCACAUGUGGACUUCAAAGUGUUCGAAUCAUACCUGUCUCAAGUUGGGUCGUUGUAUGAUGCCUUUCAGCAAGCCAAAGAGAGCAACACGGAUCAGGACUCGCAGCUACUGCGGGGAGGGGGUAAGGCUUCGCCCAAGCCGGAAGAGUCGGAGUCUCUGGUGCCCAGGUCGCGCGAGCGCCGACCGUCGACAUUGUCGAACAAUUCUCGAGCGACCUCCCCAUACGAUACUCGGGGCAGAAGGCGGUCAUAUGCUGGCCGCGGUCGGGGCCAUGCUGUCACCCCCUUAUCCACGAUACCAACUGUAUACUUUGAGGAUGAUUUCCAUCUCGAGAACCCGCGAACCUUUGACGUGGUAUCGGAGAAGUCCGGAAUUAUUACACCAAAGGACAAAUCAGAGAACGGAGCUCCCAUAGAGUCAGGGAGGAAGGCUCUCGCCACAAAUGCCAUCUUGCAAGAAAAGCUUUCGUGGUACAUGGACACUGUCGAAAUCCACCUGAUUUCGUCAAUUUCGACCGCUUCCAGAUCUUUCUUCACCGCACUUGGGUCGUUGCGUGAACUCCAUGCAGAGGCCGCUGACUCGGUGAAACGAAUCCAGGUUCUGCGGAAGGAUUUGCAGAAAAUUGACAAGGAAAUGGCUUUAGGAGGCCUUAAGAUCGUGAACCUGAGACGAAGGAGAGAAAAUGUUCGCAUGUUGGCUGAUGCUGUGGCACAGCUUCGCGAUGUGGUCGAGUCAGUCUCCCGGUGUGAAGCACUCGUCGAGAAUGGGGACAUCGAAGAGGCUGCUGAUGGUCUUGAGGAAGUGGAAAGAUUGAUGGCGGGGGAAAAUGCUGCAAGUCCAGCUACGACAAACGAAGAACCACAACAGCCGAGAAGAACGGUCGACCUUCGCCGACUGCAAGCGUUAGAGGGUGCUUCCGAGGACUUGGAUCAAUUGAGAUCGCGCAUUGGCAGCGGUUACGAGAGCCGGUUCCUAAGUGACCUUCUCGGUGACCUGAGGCAACAUGUUGAGGAGGUACCGCUAGAUACUACGCUACAGAGAUGGGGAUUUUCUUUUCAGCGGCAACGUGGCGCACGCUCUGGCGCUGCGCAAUCCCCUGCCUAUAUGAACUUCGAUGAACAGCUGCGGUCCAAACUUCGCACGCACCUCACCGGUCUUGCUCGCGUACGCCACACGACACCGGCGGCAACCUCCUUCAAGACAGCGGUACUGCGCGAGAUGAAGAGUCUCAUCCGCAAACAUAUGCCCAGUUCCAGUGAUGACGACAGUGAAUCGGUGGUGUCGGUGUCCACGCACAAAUCUCAGCAGCUGAGCCAACAAGAAAAGUCGUCUAUACUUGCUCGCAACCUUCGCGCAUUGGAUGCCCAAGACUCCUAUGAUAUGCUCGCUAAAGUGUACACCGGCAUAAGUGAGUCUCUGCGGAGGCUUAGCGUCCAAGUUAAAGUCCUACUCGAUAUAGCCAGUGGAUUGGGAAAUCCUAUGCCGCUGGGUGUCCGCUCCGGUCCCCCAAGCCCAAACCCGCAAGGCCCUACUACUCCUGGGCUCGAUGCACAGAGGACGGCAGCUAUCAUGGCGCAGGAUGAGAUCCUGCAGGUUCUGGACAUGUCUAGUCUCCUCGGUCAGGCGGUCGAUAUCGCCCAGUCUCAGGUGGUCAAGGUCUUAAAAGUUCGUUCCGAACAGACAUCGCAAUUGCCGAUGGAGGAUUUUCUCAAGUAUUUUACACUGAACCGGCUCUUUGCGGACGAGUGCGAGGCGAUUUCUGGGCGAGGCGGCACCGCGUUGAAGACGGUCGUGGGCAAUCAAAUUCGAGAUUACAUCAAUCGGUUCGGUGACAGUCAACGGCGCCGCAUCGUUGAAGUCAUGGACUCCGACAAAUGGGACGCACGCGACUUUGGAGAAGCCGAAAACGCCAUCCUCGACCGAAUACUUGCCGCAAGCACGCGGGAGAUUGAGCUCUGGACGGAUGCAUCGAAGAUCUGGCUGUCUCCGAACGGACGCCAGGAACAGAAACCUGCAGACCCACCCGCAGCGAACGGUACAGGCAAGGAAAAGUUGCGCAGCGCGGUGAUCGACGAGCAAAAGUAUAUCCUCACCGAGUCUGGCGUCGCCAUGAUGAAGAGCAUUGAAGAGUUCCAGUUCCUCAUGGCGAAUAUACCCAGUAUGAUGCAGGACAUUGCACCCGGGCUUCUGGAGUCGCUGAAGCUGUUCAAUUCUCGGUCUUCGCAGUUGAUCCUGGGUGCUGGCGCCACAAGAAGCGCGGGCCUCAAGAACAUCACAACCAAACACCUUGCUCUGUCCUCACAGGCGCUCAGCUUCAUUAUUGCUCUGGUGCCCUAUGUUCGCGAAUUCGUCCGGCGACAUGCACCGUCGAGUCCGCUGAUGGGCGAAUUCGACAAAGUCAAGCGCCUGUAUCAGGAGCACCAGAACGGCAUCCACGAGAAACUGGUGGACAUCAUGGGCUCUCGGUCCGCCACGCAUGUAAACGCCAUGAAGAAGAUCGACUGGGAGGCGCCGGCCGGAUCCCACGCGGUGAGCCCCUACAUGGAGACCCUGGCCAAGGAGACCGGCACGCUACAUCGGGUUCUGAGCAAGCACCUUCCCGACAUGACCGUAAUGAUGAUCAUGGACCCUGUGUUCAAGAGUUACCGCGAGCAGUGGACGAAGGCUUUUGACGAGGUCAAGGUGACUUCGGAGGCGGCCAAACAACGGCUGCAACGUGACGCGGAGCACUUCCAGACCAAACUGAGCAAGAUCGACGGCUUCGGCGACCUGGGACAGCGUCUCCUCGAGCUGGUGCAACAGAAGAGCCUUGCUGCGGAGACACGAGACUCUAGUCCGGCCGGUGGGAAUUCGCCGAAGGGGUCGUCCGAGACCACCGAUACAGGCAGGAGCCAGCGAUAGCUGGCUGGUUAGUAUAUACGCCUGUCGUGUCGCAGUCAUAUAUAGUCUAGAUUCCCUGUCUUGCUCGGCUGUGAAGCUGACUACAUAACCAUGUGCAUGUGCCCAGUCAAGGAAAUCCUUGCUUCGAGAGGCAAUUCUUUCAUAUAGAUACUUAAUUCAUCAACUCACAUAUUCG